UUUAUAUCUAGUUGAGACAAAAAAGUCUCAAAGUGCAGGAUGUUUAUUGCUUUGACAACCAAAAUUGACAUGAAAUCUUAUGCAUGUUUUGCAUCUCCUAGUUUCAGUUUCGUUCCUCUUGUUUUGUUUCAGCUGCCAAAGGCGAUGGUGCACGAUCCCGAAAAUCUAGAACUUUGGCUGAAGGUUGAUGGUGAAACAAGACAGAAGGAUUUGACAAAAGAUAUGAUCUUCAAGGUCCCAUACCUCAUCAGCUACAUAAGUUCUAUAGUGACUCUCUACGAGGGAGAUGUUAUCUUGACAGGUACACCAGAAGGUGUUGGACCUGUAAAGAUAGGACAGAAGAUAACCGUAGGGAUCACUGGUCUAUCUGAAGUUCAGUUUGAUGUUGAUAGGCGUGUGAAGCCUCUGAGCUAAGUAUUUUGUCAUGUUUCAUAUAGUUAAAAGAGAUAAUUGGCCAAUACACCCUAAAUGGGGGUUUAUAUUAGUCACUUGCCCAUAAUGAGACUGAUUUAUUUUGUCUGAUCAAAUUGCUCUUCUUUCUCUCUCUCAUUCCUUCCUGCAUUUACAUGUGGGUGUGUCAGUUUUUUUUUUUUCAUUUUCGUUAUCAAUGCUCU